AUGAUCAGCGGGCAGCUGGGGAAGCCGCUGCUCACGCUGCGAACCGAGAUGAGCGCGGCGACGCUUCGGCCCGAGGGCCGGCCGGACUCCGCCGACAGCGAGCUCAGCGAACCGGCGCUCCUGCAGCCGGAGGCCAGCGACGUGGAGGCGGACGACGGUCCCGAGCGGCUCUUCGGAAGCCGAAGAGACCUGCACCAGCCGGAACCGAGUACCAGCCCCUCAGAGCAGAACCAGACCAGCCAGAACUACCCUUCGUAUCCAGUGGGUCGACAGCACAUGUUGGCAGCACAGCAGCUGGCAUCGGCAGUGGCCGGGGUGAUGCCCGCCGGAGCCCCGGGCCUCGGCCAGCCCAUUCUCAUCCCCUUCAACAUGGCCGGGCAGCUGGGUGGGCAGCAGGGCCUUGUGCUCACCAUGCCCACCGCCAACCUCGGCAACCUCCAAGGCUUCAUGGCGGCAGCGGCGGCCGGGGGCAUCGUCACCCUGCCCCUGCAGAACCUUCAAGCUACCUCAUCCCUGAACUCACAGAUCCAGCACCUGCAGCAGCUGCAGCAGCUGCAACACCAGCAUCAGCAGCAGCAGCAGCAUCAACAGCAGCAGCAGCAGCAGCAGAAACCGCACCAUCCGGCACCGGCUCAGCCGCACCUGCCCGGUCAGCAGCCAGCUCCGCACCAGCAGGCGAUGGCUAAACAGGAGCAGCCCUCCGCUUCGGUCUCCGCCCCCGCGUCCGCCUCGCCCUCCCCUCGGAGCCCGGCUCAGCCCCCCCAGGCUGGCCCGGGCGCCGGCUCCCCCCAGCACAAGCAGAACCACUCGCCAGCCCACAGACAGCCUUCGCCCCUGAGCACGCCCACUCCUCGGCAGAUGAACACCCUCGGGGGUCAGACAGCGGCGGCGGCGGCAGCAGCCAUGGGCUCCCUUGCUGGGUCACAGGCAUUUGCUGCCACCCUCUCCGGACUGCAGGGAGUCGGCGGACAGCUGGUCACCAACGCGCAAGGCCAGAUCAUUGGGACGAUCCCCCCUCUGACGAACUCGGCCGCUCCCGCCAAUCAGCCCGCCAAAGGGAGCCUGCCGGUCCAACCUAUCAUGCCUCAACUCCUCACCAACAACCAGGGUCAGAUCAUCGCCACCGUCAUCGGCAACCAGAUCCUGCCGGUCAUCAACACCCAGGGAAUCACGCUGUCGCCGAUGAAGCCCGGACAGCAGCUGUCUCAGGUGUCUCAGGGGCAGGCGGGCCCCACGCCCCCCCAGGCUGGCCUCCUCCACCUGCCCCGCGGGAGCGCCUCUUUUUCCCAGAGUCCCAUGGGCCAGGCGUGCUCCUCGUCCACCUCCUCAAACUCCUCCUCCUGCUCUGCUCUCAGCGUGGGCCAGCUGGUCAGAGACCCCCAAACAGCCCCGGGAGAGGUGGACGGGGUCAGCCUGGAGGAGAUCCGCGAGUUCGCCAGAGCCUUCAAGAUCCGCCGCCUGUCCCUGGGCCUCACGCAAACUCAGGUGGGCCAGGCGCUCAGCGCCGCCGAGGGCCCCGCCUACAGCCAGUCCGCCAUCUGCAGACACACCAUCCUGAGAAGCCACUUUUUCCUACCACAGGAAGCCCAGGAGAGCGCUAUAGCUAGCAGUCUGUCAGCCAAACUGAACCCCGGCCUUUUAUAUCCUGCCAGGUUCGAGAAGUUGGACAUCACCCCAAAAAGCGCCCAGAAGAUUAAGCCCGUUCUGGAGCGCUGGAUGGCCGAGGCCGAAGCCCGGCACCGCUCCGGAGUGCAGAACCUGACCGACUUUAUCGGCAGCGAGCCGUCCAAAAAGCGCAAGAGGAGGACCUCUUUCACGCCGCAGGCUCUGGAGAUCUUGAACACCCACUUUGAGAAGAACACGCACCCGUCCGGACAGGAGAUGACCGAGAUCGCGGAGAAGCUCAACUACGACCGCGAGGUGGUGCGCGUCUGGUUCUGCAACAAGAGGCAGGCGCUGAAGAACACGAUUAAGCGGCUGAAGCAGCCCGAGCUCGGCCCCAGCAUCCCGAUGGACUCCAUCACGGACUCCCUAAUGGACUCUCCGGAAAAACUGCCGUAAAGAGAACCUGGAAAAAAAAAAAAAAAACAUAGUAAAUUGAAAAAGGGAAAAAAAAAAAAAAAAUUACAACAAGACCAAAAAACACUGACUCGUCGCGCGAUGGAACAACUCCGGCCUGGAGUUCUUGUCAAAAUGCUCGUCGUGAUGAAAGCAUCUCGCUUUCUGAGGACAGUCAAGAUCAU